GCCGGUAUACUCACUUCAGAUCUAAAUUGACGUGUUUCCUGAAGUGUUUCACGAUCAUCUAAGCUGCACUACAUAGUACUUAUCUGCCUACAGACUAGCCAGAAAUAUUAACAUUGGAAAAGGUUUACCCCUGCUUCUCAGAAUUUCGUUUGGAUCAAUGCUAUGAUACUGUAAAAGCAUAUAAAAAUAUUAUUCCAUUUAUUUCGGCUACGAACUAAAUCAGUAGCAUUGCCACUCUUACAUGCGCAUCAUCAAAACACUACAGCAGAUAUUCUCAUGCUCAAUCCAAGUAAAAGGAAGCAUAACUGACGGAAUGGAAGUCAUAAAAGCCAAAACGUCAUACCGAUCCGAGAACCCCUCGAAAUUCAAAGUUUUAGCUACCGCCAACAACAAAGUUGAAACAAAGAAAGUUCAGGGUCCGACUCGGUGGCGGUAUUUCUCUGGCUUUCUAAUUUCCACACUGUUCGCAAAAGUUGUCAAUUCCACAGCAACACCAUCCUCAGCAUUGUCUUUCACCGCGACUCGACAUGAAUGUGGACCCCUCCAUGGGUCUGUUUUCGGGGGGUGAUGUCCACCCAAAGGCUUCUCGUAAUACUUUGUGGACCACUAAGACUCCUACCCUCUUAGGUAUGUUUGUUCCUGGGGCUCAGCUUAUGUUAGCUUCUCCCUUAGGCUCCAAAAAUAUGUC